AUGAUAGGAAAUUCAGAAACCACAACGAACGGAACCCCGUACGUACAAGGAUUUGGACCAAAGAGUGGAGACGAGGACAUAGCCCCACAACGGCGGUCCUCAAGACUUAAAGCAACGGCAAGAGAAGCCCUACCGCCGCAACCAGCACCUUACAGCCCACGAUGCAAAACUAGCUCAGAAGAAGGAGGCGUUAAACCGUUAAAUAUUAAAAACAAGCCAGGAAGCAGAUGCAGGGACCGAUCCCUGGCAAAUGGAGGUUCAGCACCCAAAACGUACACCAAGUUCUCACUCUCGAUCAACCAGAUCCUUCGCAACCUUAAGGACAAGCCAUGGUUCAAGAUGCCACAACCCACAAGAGGAGACACCUCCAACAUGGACCAGACGAGGUACUGUGCAUUCCACAGAGGUUCGGGGCAUGAAACCAAUGACUGCAUCACCUGGAUAAAGUACUUUGAGAAGAUCGUGAAGGAAGGCAAGUGCGACCAGUAUGUUGAUAGGCCAGUUGCCCGACCAAGGCGAGAAACAGACGUCGAUGCCGAAUUUGAGCAUCUUGGGGCUAUCAACAAUUCCAAGAAAAGGAAGAUCCAGCAGACGAGAUCGGUCUUUCAGGUUCAAACCAUAGAUGCUGUACCUGGACCAAUCGUCGGCUUCACCAAGCAAAACGCUGAGGGAGAAGACUUUCCCCACAAUGACGCCUUAGUGAUUUCUGCUCAACUAGCCCACACCAUCGUUGACAGAAUUAUGGUGGACAAUGACAGCUCAAUCAAUAUCCUACAACUAUCAGUCAUCCAGAAGAUAGACUUGGAAAAUACUAUCAAACGCAAAGCAGAGGUCUUGACCGGAUUCAACGAACUUACCUCAAUUAUCAUUGGCACAAUCACGCUCGACGUAACCAACCCCUUAAUUAUCUCAUCACAGACCUUCAUGAUCAUCAGCGACCCAUCUCCCUAUACCAGAUAUUGGGCCGACCUUGGGUAG